AUGACUAUGAAUAAACAAGAUCUUCGUAUAUGUGAUGAUUAUCUUCAAUUUCAAAAUCAUUUAAAUGAUUUAAGAAAAUUAGAUGAUUUAAUUAUAAAUACACUUAAUACAACUGUUUUAACAGCUACUUUUCGUUCUCGAGGAUCCGAUGCAACAAAACAAUGUCAACAACUUGGUGAUGAAAUUUCCGCUCGUGCAUCCUAUCGUAAUGAAUUAAUAUCUGCUUGUUUAUCACGUACAAAUGAUUUAAUGUCACAAAGUGAUUUAAGUGAAAGUCGUCGUAAAACAUUAAUAUUUCAACGACGACAAUUACAAAAUGAAAAUAAUAUUGAAGAAAUUGUUCGAACAAAUACUGAAAAAGCAUUUUAUGAACGUUGUCGUGAUUUCUACACACCUUCUCAAAAUGUUUCCUUGUUAAAAUCAAUUAAACAAUAG